GUUACGCACUCACCGAGUCGGAGCAAGCCGCACGAUUCGGCACUGGGAGCUGGAACCAUGAUGCUGGAUCUCGGUCCGUUCUCCGAUGAGAACUUCGACCGUAAGAAGUGGGUGAAACUCGGCGUGCCAGAGUCGCCACCCGCAAGACUCAGUCGACAAGCACCUCGUGGAUCUAGAGAUGAAAAUCCAGAUGGUCUCGGAAGAGAGUGUGGAAAGGUCAGGAAGAGAAAGAGAAGCUUCUGGAAGCACGUUGGGGUUGGGCUGAGAGCCUGAGACUGAUGGCUUAUGGAAUAGUUCUUUUUUUUUUUUUUUGGUUGCCUUUCUCUUCCUUUGGUUGUAGUUUAAUUUCAAGGCCGGCCAUUGAUUCAAAUGACCAAUGCAAUAGGAAUAGGACCAAGUAACAGUUCACAUUCUUUCUGAACAUAGUUUGGAUUUGAAGGAUUACCAGUAAAGAGACCAGCAAAUGAAAUAUGUUGAAAAUUUGAAAUGUAGAUAAAAUUCCUUAAAACAUUGCCUGAUUGGCAGAAGCAUCCACAAUUCCAGAGGCCGAUAAGGCAAGCUGAACUGACUACAGGGUUUCAGGCUUCCUAGUCAAAUGUAGGCCGGGUAAUCUAGCAAGCAAGACAACAAACAACAAAAUAUGGACAUUACAUCAAACACAUUACUAUUUCAUCGAACAACCUUAUACCAGUAAAGAAGUAUAUAUACUAAUUCUACUUGCCAGCCAAGGAGACAUUCAUUAGUAUUAAUCAACAGGCCAAGAGUUUUGGCGAUUUCUUUAGGCUCUUCAAAUAGCUGGGAAUUCUGGUUGUUGUAUGAUAAAGAUUGAGGUUGAUAUCAAUCUAAUUCUAGUGAGCAUCUUCAUUCUCUUUUUAUUCUGAUCAACCGUUGCAAAGAGGAUGACAAAUUCAAACCCGGCAACUCAAUAUUCGUUUCCACGUGCAAAAACUGGUCAAUAAAGGAAACAUAUUUUGGGCUUCCUGCCAAGUCUCUCGAACUGAUUAACUAGUUUCGUAUGUCUUGAAAUAACAUGGGACAUAUGAACUAUGUUUCAUAGGUCUGCUAAUAGUGUGACAUAUGAACUCUGUUUUCAUUUUGUGACAUAAUUUUCUCUACCAUGGGAUGGAAAAUUUAUGCAAGAGACUUUUCCAGGACUUUUGUGGUGAAUUUGGUCAUGUACUUCCAAAUCAAUCGACAUUGUUCCGUUGGAAAGGCAAGAACAGUAUUUUUGGAAGCAAGUCAACACUGCUUGUUCGUUACUUCAAACUAAUUUCAGCCAAGCAAAGUGUCUGAUGCAGAUUACCAUAUCUCCAAUCCUAUAAGUUAAUUUGUCAGACCUCAAAUGGAACUCACAAAUCUUCACAACCCCUUAACCAAUUCAAAAUGACCUCAUCAUACUUUCUUUCCAGUGUACUAGCACUAAUACUAGUACUAGCUAUUUCUUUUGUUUGUUGCUGCAGCUCCAUGGCCUCAACCAUGGACAGCAAAAGGUCAGCACUCAGAGGAGGAAACGAGACAGAUAGGCUGGCGUUGCUUGCCAUUAAAGCUCAAAUACACCAAGAUCCUAAUCUUCCGGUCAUGAGCUCGUGGAAUGAGUCCAAUCAUUUUUGCAUGUGGCAUGGUGUCACCUGCAGCCGACGCCAUCUUCAGAGGGUCAUUAAGCUGAAUCUGACCUCCCUGAAAUUGUCCGGGUCCAUAUCUCCUCACAUAGGAAACCUGAGCUUCCUAAGGGAUCUACGCCUCUAUAAUAAUAACUUCACCAACAAAAUCCCUCCAGAAAUUGGGCACUUGCGGAGGUUGCGGAUAUUAGGUCUACCGAACAAUUCACUCAGUGGUCCUAUUCCUGCCAAUAUCUCCAAUUGCUUCAACCUCAUUAUUCUUGAUGUCUCUCACAACAUGCUGGUAGGUAACAUUCCUUCAGAACUUGGUUCCUUUUCCAAGCUUGAGUACCUUGAUAUGCAUGUUAAUUAUCUAACAGGAGAGGUACCUCCUUCCUUGGGUAACCUUUCUAGUCUUGGCAUACUUGCUGCUUAUGGUAAUAACUUGGUGGGAACUAUUCCUAGUUCUCUAGGCCAACUGAAAAAAUUAAAACAUUUUGCAUUGCACUUAAAUAGGCUGUCUGGUACCAUCCCUCCCUCCAUCUAUAACAUCUCUAGUCUCCUUAGUUUUUCCAUGGGAUUUAACCAAAUUCAAGGGAGCAUUCCCCCAACCUUGUUCAGAAUCCUUUUGAAUCUCCAAUUUUUUAGCAUUAGCCAAAAUCAGUUUACUGGAUCACUUCCUCUGUCAAUAAGCAAUGCCACUAAUUUAGCAGUCUUUCAGGCUUCGGGUAAUAAACUAACCGGGCAAGUGCCAAAUUUACAAAAGCUUCGUAGCCUUGUGAAAUUCUAUAUUGCCGGUAAUCACCUCGGAAGUGGCAGUGAUGGGGACUUAAGUUUUUUCUCAGGCUUGACCAAUGCUACACAGUUGGAGUUGUUACAUAUAGCAUCCAACAAUUUCGGAGGGACGUUGCCCACAUCAAUAUCCAAUCUAUCAACCAACCUUGCAGUUCUCGAUGUUUACGAAAACCAAUUACAUGGAAGCAUCCCUGCAGGGAUAGGAAAUCUGGUCAACAUGAAACAAUUGGGUUUGUUUGGUAACAUGUUCACAGGUAAUAUUCCCACUGACAUCGGGAAACUUUCAGGUCUUGGGAGAUUGGGUUUUCAUAACAACAGAUUAUCAGGGAGCCUCCCAUCCUCUCUAGGAAAUCUGACAUCAUUAUUUCUUCUCGACUUGCAAGGAAAUAAUUUUAAUGGCACCAUCCCUACAAGCCUUGGGGAAUGCCAUUCAUUGUUGCUGUUGGAUCUUUCUCGCAAUAAUCUUGGUGGUAGUAUACCUCCACAAGUUAUUGGCCUUCCCUCCUUAUCAAUAUAUAUGGACUUAUCUGAAAAUAGUCUCAGCGGUUCCCUUCCCUUGGAGGUAGGAAAGUUAAAAAAUCUAGGCGGGUUGAAUGUCUCAAAUAAUAUGUUAUCAGGAAAACUUCCCAGUAGCCUUGGUAGCUGUGCGAUUUUAGAAGUUCUGGUCUUGCAAGGAAACUUCUUCGACGGCCCCAUUCCUCCGGCUAUGGCCUCCUUGAGAGGGAUUCAAGAGUUAGAUCUUUCGCGCAACAAUCUCACCGGUGAAAUUCCUGAAUUUCUGGCGGAGUUUAGAGUCUUGAAGCAACUUAACCUGUCUUUCAACGACUUGUGGGGUGCAGUACCAGUGGAAGGUGUCUUUAACAGUGCAAGUGCCACUUCAGUUGUUGGAAACACAAGGCUCUGCGGAGGUAUUUCUGAUCUCCACCUUCCAAAGUGCAAGUCUAAAGAAUCGAGGUCUCCUAGCGUGAAACUAACGAUCUCAUUAAUAUCCGCAUUCACUCUUCUUGGAAUAGCUAUGCUGCUGACAUUUCUGUUUCUUUGUUUCUCCAAAAAGAAAAGCAAAGCAACUUCAUCAAGCACGUUGGCGGACUCUAUUUUGCAAGUGUCAUAUAAUACUCUCUUGAAAGCUACUGAUGGCUUCUCUGUAACAAAUUUGAUUGGUGCGGGUAGUUUUGGGUCUGUCUACAAAGGAGUUCUCGGUGAAGAUGGAGCUCAGGUUGUUGCUGUGAAGGUGUUUAACAUGUUACGCCGGGGAGCUUCCAAGAGUUUCCUAGCCGAAUGUGACGCACUCCGAAAUAUCAGACAUCGAAAUCUAGUCCCGAUUUUAACUGCAUGUUCGAGUGUUGACUCUCGUGGUAAUGAUUUCAAGGCUUUGGUUUAUGAGUUCAUGGAGAAGGGGAGCUUAGAGGAGUGGCUGCAUCCAAAUAUUGGGGCAGAAGACGCACCGAUGAAUUUAAGUCUUGUUCAGAGGCUAAACAUUGCCAUUGACGUUGCUUGUGGACUGGAUUAUCUUCAUCAUCAUUGCGAAACACCAAUAGUUCAUUGUGAUCUCAAGCCGAGCAAUGUUCUUUUGGACAAUAACUUGACUGGACAUGUUGCUGACUUUGGAUUAGCUAGAUUCCUCUCAAGACUAGCCCAUAACGUUACAGCAAAUCAAUCAAGUUCCAUAGGAAUAAGAGGGACUGUUGGUUAUGCUGCUCCAGAGUACGGAAUGGGAAGUGAGGUGUCAACAUCUGGAGAUGCCUACGGCUUCGGCAUUCUCUUGUUAGAGAUGUUUACAGGAAAGAGACCCACUGACCACAUGUUUGUGGACGGUUUGAACCUUCACAAGUUUGUGAAGAUGGCCUUCCGCGAGCGAGUUUUAGAGAUUGCAGAUUCAUCACUUGUUCAAGUAAGAAAUCCCAGCCAGAGCCCCAAUGAUGCUGAUCUUGAAGAAUGCUUGAGUUCAAUACUGGGAAUUGGAGUUGCAUGCUCUGUGGAAUCCCCAACAGAUCGAAAGAAUAUCGGUGAUGCUGUAUCUGAACUGAAAACCAUUCGAGCCACUCUUGUUGGAUAGAAACUUUGCCAAUGUUUUCUUAUGGAUUUCACUGCUAAUCAUGUUUUUAUGUCUUGUUGCUGCUAUUAUGCAUGAAAAAUGUUUAGGUAAAAUACUAUACUACAUCUUGUAUUUUGUCUUGGGCCUUGAACUAGAGGACUUGGCUUCA